GACCCCAGUGGACAAGGCUGCCUCCCUCCUCCCAUGGCCGCCCUCAACGCCAGCAGCUUUGACCCCAUCACCUUUGUCCUGACGGGAAUCCCAGGCAUGGAGGCCUCCCACAUCUGGAUCUCGGUGCCCUUCUGCCUGAUGUACGUGGGGGCCCUGGCGGGAAACGCCUUUCUCCUCUUUCUCAUCGCCACGGAGCGCAGCCUUCACCAGCCUAUGCACCUCUUCCUGGCCAUGCUGGCCGUAGCUGACCUCAUGCUCUCCACCUCCACUGUGCCGGAGAUGCUGGCCAUCUUCUGGUUCGGCUCCAGGAAGAUCUCCUUUGACGCCUGCAUCGCCCAGAUGUUCUUCACCCACUUCAGCUUCAUCGCGGAGUCCACCAUCCUGCUGGCCAUGGCCUUCGACCGUUACGUCGCCGUUUGCGAUCCGUUGCGCUACAUGACCAUCCUCACGCCUUCCGCAAUAGGGAAGGUGGCCAUCGCCGCUGUGGUCAGGGGGCUGGCAAUCAUGUUCCCCCCCAUCUUCCUCCUGAAGAGGCUGCCCUACUGUGGCCACAGCACGAUGCCCCACACCUAUUGCGAGCACAUGGGCAUCGCCCGCCUGGCUUGCGGGGACAUCACCGUCAACAUCUGGUACGGCUUCACAACCACCCUGCUGUCCUCCGGCGUUGACGUGGUGCUGAUCGCCGCCUCUUACGCUCUGAUCCUCCGGGCCGUCUUCCAGCUCUCCUGCAAGGAAGCCCGGCGGAAAGCUCUCCGCACCUGCGGCUCCCACAUCUCCGUCAUCCUCAUGUUCUACAUGCCAGCCUUCUUCUCCUUCCUCACCCAUCGCUUCGGCCACAACAUCCCUAGCUGGAUCCAUAUCCUGCUGGCCGACCUCUACGUGAUCGUGCCGCCCAUGCUCAACCCCAUUGUCUACGGAGUCCGAACGAAGCCAAUCCGGGAGAGGGCCGUCCACGUUCUCUCGCAGGUGGGAAGGACCUGCCUCUAAGCCCCAAAGAAACUCGGUCGCGGCACUUGGGCUGGAGGCUGCUGCAGGGCGAGAGCCGCCUCCCUCUUAGGGGAAGGAGAUGGGCUCCCGGCUGAGGGGAAGCAAGAAUUCUUGGGUCUCUUGUCCCCCAGGGGGAAUCUCCUCCUUCCUUGGUCUGUUAACGGAACUGCCCCCUCCCUGCCUGUCCCUCCCACGUGUGCCCUGCUUCUUGCCCGGGGUCAGGAGGAGGACUGUGGGCAGUGGCUGGGCUGGGCAGCAGAGCGGUCAGUCGGCCUUCUCUUGUGCCGCAUGGGGGCUCUCUGGAUCGCUCCGGCUGGCCUCCCAGAGAGAGACCCAGAGGGCUGGACAAGGGGGGCCCCCCGCUCACUCCGGGGCUCUUCUGGACGACUCGGCCACCACUGGUGCUUCCUGGGCUGCCAGGGGGUGAGGGGAGGGGGGGUCCCCGCCUAUUCGUGGCCCCCUGGGGAGA